AUGGCGGGGUACGGGGAGGAGAACCAGAACGGCAUGAACGGGUACGAGGAGGAGGAGGAGGAAGAGGAGGUGGAGGAGGUCGAGGAAGAGGUGGAGGAGGAGGAGGAGGAAGAGGAGGAGGAGGAGGGGGCUGAUGCCACCGCCGCGGCUGCCGAUGCGGCGGAGGAGGUUGCAGAGGAGAGGCGAGGCGGAGGUGGAGAAGUGGAGGGCGUCGGCAAUGGCGAGGAAGCGGGGAGGACUGCGGGUGGUGGAGAGGGCGGUGAUUCGUCGGGGAAAAUUUUUGUUGGAGGUGUAGCCUGGGAGACAACUGAAGAAUCGUUCACCAAGCAUUUUGAGAAAUAUGGAGCUAUAUCUGAUUCUGUGAUCAUGAAAGACAAGCAUACAAAGAUGCCUCGUGGAUUUGGUUUUGUUACAUUUUCGGAUCCAUCUGUUAUUGACAAGGUUCUGCAAGAUGAACACACUAUAGAUGGAAGAACAGUUGAAGUUAAAAGGACUGUCCCGAGGGAGGAAAUGUCGUCGAAAGAUGGUCCUAAAACGAGAAAAAUCUUUGUUGGUGGUAUUCCACCAUCUCUUACUGAAGAUAAAUUGAAGGAGCAUUUCUCUUCAUAUGGGAAGGUAGUUGAGCAUCAGAUAAUGCUUGACCAUGGCACUGGGCGGUCACGAGGCUUUGGCUUUGUCACAUUUGAAAAUGAGGACGCUGUUGAAAGGGUUAUGUCAGAAGGGAGAAUGCAUGAUCUUGCAGGGAAACAGGUUGAAAUAAAGAAGGCUGAGCCUAAGAAACCUGGCGGGGGUGAUUCUAGCUCUAAUGGGAGACAUAGUCACGGGAGUGGUGGUGGCCACCGUAGUUCUUACCGUGGUAGUGGUGGUGGCAAUUCUGGAAGCAGCAGCAGCGGUGGCUAUGGUGGAUAUGGUGGUGGCUAUCGGUCAGCUGCUGCAGCUUAUUACGGUAGCACAGGUUAUGCUGGCUAUGGCAGAGGUUAUGGAUAUGGAGGUAACCCCGCAUUUGGGUCAGGCUUUGGCUCUGGCUAUGGUGGUUCAAUGUAUGGAGGUCCAUAUGGUGCCUAUGGUGCAUAUGGUGGUGCCUAUGGAGGUGGUGGUGCAUAUGGUGCACCGGGUGGCUACGGUGCAGGAGGAUAUGGUGCUUAUGGCGGAGCUGGAGGUAUGGGCGGUGGUGGGAGCACAAGUGGUAGAGGCUCGAGCAGAUACCACCCGUACGGAAAAUGAGCAUAAGAUCAUUGUGGUUUUUUAGAACUGAUAAUAAAUCUAUACCUUUACAUUAUUCCCAUUUUCUGCUUUGAGAAAGUUGGAACAUUACAUUCACCGUGUUGAACCAGCGGCAUCAGACGUGUUCUUUGAUGCUUUGCAUUGCAUCGCAUCCGGCAACUAGUACAUUGAUUCUGUCCGCUGAACCCUGAACCUCUGUAGAAGCUACAGCUAAAACAAUGUUGUAUCAUUAGUUUACCAUGCAGCCUUAGAACCCUUGAAACUAAACUUUGUGGUAGGAAGAAUAUUUGUGUGUUGGAACAAUGUAUCGUGAUGUAACACUCUCAAUGAGCAGCUAACUGUUGCCAGUUUGGCUUAUAUGUAGGGAGACUCAAAAAUCAUUUGACAUAUGAUUCUCAUUUUUUAGUUCGA